AUGCUUCCUCAGCGAAUGAAGAAAGCCGUUACUGAUAACCCUAAAAAGCUCGCAAACUUGAUCGAUCUCGUUAACCUUCCUCCCACUCUCAGAGACUUCGUCGGUCAAUCUCAGACUUCUCGAUUAACCUGUUUCAUGCGUGUUUGGUCCUACGUCAAAACCAACAAUCUUCAGGAUCCAAAUAACAAGAACAUGGUAAACUGUGAUGAGAAGUUAAAAGGUAUUUUACUCGGGAAACCUCGGGUUGAGUUAGCAGAACUUCCAGCACUUAUCAAGCUACAUUUUCUGAAAGAGCCCAACUUGUUCACAUCACAUAAAAAGUUUUCAUGUGAAGCUGCGGUUGCAUGGGAAGCUGGGAAGCCACCGGUGAUUGAAGAAGUAGAGGUGGCGCCACCGCAGGCCGGUGAAGUUCGUCUCAAGAUACUCUUCACCUACCUUUGUCACACUGAUGUUUACUUCUGGGAAGCUAAGGGUCAGACUCCAUUGUUUCCUCGUAUUUUUGGUCAUGAAGCUGGAGGGAUCAUGGAGAGCGUAGGUGAAGGUGUGACUCAUCUGAAACCAGGGGAUAAAGCCCUGCCUGUAUUCACAGGGGAGUGUGGUGAAUGUCCACAUUGUAAGUCAGAGGAGAGCAACAUGUGUGAUCUUCUUAGGAUCAACACUGACAGAGGUGUCAUGCUCAAUGAUAACAAGUCUAGAUUCUCUAUCAAUGGAGAGCCCAUGAACCAUUUCGUGGGCACCUCUACAUUCAGUGAGUACACAGUGGUUCAUGUUGGAUGUGUUGCAAAGAUCAAUCCUGAAGCACCACUUGACAAAGUUUGUAUUCUCAGUUGUGGAAUAUGCACAGGUCUUGGUGCUACUGUGAAUGUUGCAAAACCAAAGCUAGGUUCUUCAGUUGCUAUCUUUGGGCUUGGAGCUGUUGGCCUUGCUGCUGCUGAAGGUGCAAGGAUCUCUGGUGCAUCAAGAAUCAUUGGAGUUGAUUUAGUUUCCAGCCGAUUUGAAUUAGCUAAGAAGUUUGGAGUGAAUGAGUUCGUGAACCCGAAAGUAGAUUAA